AUGGAUGGGGUCGCACCCCGUACAUCGGCGACACCACUGCCCGCAAGGACCGAGCCCGGCUGUCCGUGGGGAGUUGCUCCUUGCAAGACCAGGCCGUGCUGCUGCCCUGUCCCGGCCCCCGCCAUCGCCCCGGGGGUCGCGUCCCGCCCGGGCUGCCCCCUCCUCACCCGCCGGGGACCUCCCGCCGCCAGGGGGCGCGCGUCACCUCCGCGAGGGCGCUCCGCUCGCCCUCCUCUCUCCGGCCAAUCAGCGCGCAGCGUUUCGGCGGGAAGGCGGAAGUGGCGCUCCGGGGGCGCGGCCAUGGCUGAGGCGCGGCCGCUGCGGCUGCUGGCCCUGCACGGUUACCGGCAGAGCGCCCGCCGCCUCCGCCAGCGCACCGGUGCGCUCCGCAAGGCCCUGCGCGGCCGCGCAGAGCUGCUGAUCAUCGACGCGCCUCACCCGUUGCCCGCCGGCGCUGAGGACGACCCCGACGGGGACGACCCCCCCCGCGGCUGGUGGUUCUCCGGGCCCGGCACGUUCGAGGCGGGCGAAGCAGCUGCGGCUCCGGUGGGGCUGGACGAGUCUCUGUCCACCGUGGCGGCGGCGCUGGCGGAGCACGGGCCCUUCGACGGGCUGCUGGGCUUCAGCCAGGGCGCGGCGCUGGCCGCCAUGGUGUGCGCCCUGCGGGCCCGCGGCGACCCGCGCUUCCCGGUCACCUUCGCCGUGCUGGUGGCCGGGUUCGCCAGCCGCUCCCCGGCACACGGACACUUCUACCGGGAGCCCAUCGCCCUCCCCACGCUGCACGUCGUGGGCGACACCGACGCCGUUAUCGCAGCAGCCCUCAGCAGGGAGCUGGCCCGGUGCUUCGUGGAGCCCGUGGUCCUCACGCACCCCGGGGGACACUUCAUCCCCGUGGCUCCGGCGCAGAAAAAAGCCUACCUGGAGUUCUUGGAAUGCUUCUGCCCCGGGCAGGGCCAGCCCGAGCAGCCAGGGACUGGGGAGGUUUGAGAUCAGGCUCUGUAAUAAUAAAGGACUGUGGUGAGCCAUGUGCGCCCAUCCUGUGAAG